GCAUUGGGUUCCUGGCACAAGCUCGGUAUUUGAAAAGCCAACAUCAUCCUUCUGUAAUAGAGAAGGCUGUGUGUGUGUCAGAAGCUCAUUGUAGUGACUGGAAUGUUUUGUUUCUUCCUUUUCCUUUCAGGUGUGAAUGAGCCCGGGGAGGACACGCUGUCCCUCUUGGAGGAAUACCCCAUUUCCAUGUCAUUUGCAUGGGCCCUGCUGUUCAGUGGACCAAGCAAGAACUUGUCAGACAUUUCCUUCCUUCUCUCGUUGAGCACUCUACAGUAAUUGUUCCACUGUUGUUCUAAUUGUGUCCUGUCCUCCUCCUGCCAAGGCAAACAGCCCAGUCCCCAGUAGGCAUCUCCUGAGCUCAUCUGCCAGCCUUAACAUGAAUAUAGGCCAAGCUGAUGACAGUCAGGGUUCCCAAGGGACAUGGGGCCCCAUGGGGCCUGGCCCCCAGGAGCAGGCUCUCUCAUGAUGUUGGUGGCCGAGAGUGAGCACCAUGCCCAUCACCCAGGACAAUGCCGUGCUGCACCUGCCCCUCCUCUGCCAGUGGCUGCAGAACAGCCUGCGGGAGGGUGAGGCCGGGCCGGAGCAGCGGCUCUGCCAGGCGGCCAUCCAGAAGCUGCAGGAGUACAUCCAGCUGAACUUUGCUGUGGAUGAGAGUACCGUCCCGCCUGACCUCACGCUCCCGGAAAUGGAGAUCUGUACUGUGUACCUCACCAAGGAGCUGGGAGACACAGAGACUGUGGGCCUUAGUUUUGGGAACAUCCCUGUCUUCGGGGACUAUGGUGAGAAGCGCAGAGGGGGCAAGAAGAGGAAAACCCACCAGGGUCCCGUGCUGGAUGUGGGCUGCAUCUGGGUGACAGAGCUGAGGAAGAACAGCCCCGCAGGGAAGAGUGGGAAGGUCCGACUGCGAGAUGAGAUCCUCUCCCUGAAUGGGCAGCUGAUGGUCGGAGUUGAUGUCAGCGGGGCCAGUUACCUGGCUGAGCAGUGCUGGAAUGGCGGCUUCAUCUACUUGAUCAUGCUGCGUCGCUUUAAGCACAAAGUCCAUUCUCCUUAUAAUGGCAACAGUAGCAACAGCUCUGAACCAGGAGAGACACCUACCUUGGAGCUGGGUGAUCGAACUGCAAAAAAGGGAAAAAGAACGAGGAAGUUUGGGGUCAUUUCUAGGCCUUCCACCAACAAGGCCACUGAAGAAUCCAAGAGCAGCACUGGCUGUGAGCUGGACAACGACCUCAGCUCUGAGCUGGACAAUGGUCCAAACCCUGAACUUGGAAAUGGUCAUGUCUUUGAGCUAGAGAAUGGCCCAGAUACUCUCAAGGAGGUGGCUGGAUCCCAUCUAGAGAGGUCAGAAGUGGACAGAGGGACAGAGCACAGAAUUCCAAAGACUGAUGUCCUUCUGCCCACAAGCCACGACAAACGCUACCUCUCAAAAUCCGGGAAGACAGACUUCCAGUCAAGUGACUGCCUGGCACAGGAGGAAGUUGGCCGGAUAUGGAAGAUGGAGCUGCUCAAAGAAUCGGAUGGGCUGGGAAUUCAGGUUAGUGGAGGCCGAGGAUCAAAGCGAUCACCUCACGCUAUCGUUGUCACUCAAGUGAAGGAAGGAGGUGCCGCUCACAGGGAUGGCAGACUGUCCUUAGGAGAUGAGCUGCUGGUCAUCAAUGGUCACUUACUGGUCGGGCUGUCUCACGAGGAAGCUGUCGCCAUUCUUCGUUCAGCCACUGGAAUGGUUCAGUUGGUGGUAGCCAGCAAGGAGAGCUCUGCAGAGGACCUCCUCAAGUUAACGUCGAAGAGUUUGCCAGAUCUGACCAGCUCUGUGGAAGAUGUGUCCUGUUGGACCGAUAAUGAAGACCAGGAGCCAGAGGGGGAAGAGGAUGAAGGAACUGGCUCGUCUUCUGUCCAGGGAGCAAUGCCCAGGACAGACGGGCCCCAAGAUCCAUGCGGACCUGAGGAACCCAAGGGGAACUUGGAAAGUCCCAAACAGGGCAGCAGUAAAAUGAAGCUCAAGAGUCGUCUUUCAGGGGGUGUACACCGUCUAGAAUCUGUUGAAGAAUACAACGAACUGAUGGUGCUAAACGGAGACCCCAGAGGUAGGAUGUUGGACGUCUCCCGAGAUGGCCGAAAGCACUCUCUUCCUCAACUGCUGGACUCUUCUGGAGCCGCACAGGAAUACCACAUCAUGAAGAAGUCAACCCGCUCCCUAAGCACUACUCAGGUGGAAUCCCCAUGGAGACUCAUCCGGCCAUCGGUUAUCUCCAUCAUUGGGCUGUACAAAGAAAAAGGCAAGGGCCUUGGCUUUAGCAUUGCUGGAGGUCGAGACUGCAUUCGAGGACAGAUGGGAAUUUUUGUCAAGACCAUUUUCCCAAAUGGAUCAGCUGCAGAAGAUGGAAGACUUAAAGAAGGGGAUGAAAUCCUAGAUGUAAAUGGAAUACCAAUAAAGGGCUUGACAUUUCAAGAAGCCAUUCAUACCUUUAAGCAAAUCCGGAGCGGAUUAUUUGUCUUAACGGUACGCACAAAGUUACUGAGCCCGAGCCUCACGCCGUGCUCCACACCCACUCACAUGAGCAGAUCCAGCUCCCCCAACUUCAACGCCAGUGGGGGAACCUCGGUGGUAGGCGCCGAUGAAAUCAGUUCUUCAUCCCUGGGCCGAAAGAUCCCUGGGCCCAAGGACAGGAUUGUCAUGGAAGUAACCCUCAACAAAGAGCCAAGAGUUGGAUUAGGCAUUGGUGCCUGCUGCCUGGCUCUGGAAAACAGUCCUCCAGGCAUCUACAUUCACAGCCUUGCCCCAGGAUCAGUGGCCAAGAUGGAAAGCAAUCUGAGCCGCGGAGAUCAAAUCCUGGAAGUGAACUCAGUCAACGUUCGCCAUGCUGCUCUAAGCAAAGUCCACGCCAUUUUGAGCAAAUGCCCCCCAGGACCAGUUCGCCUUGUCGUCGGCCGUCACCCUAAUCCAAAGGUUUCCGAACAGGAAAUGGAUGAAGUGAUAGCACGCAGCACUUACCAGGAGAGCAAAGAGGCCAAUUCCUCUCCUGGCUUAGGUACUCCCUUGAAGAGUCCUUCUCUUGCAAAAAAGGACUCCCUUAUUUCUGAAUCUGAACUCUCCCAGUACUUUGCCCAAGACAUCCCUGGCCCCUUGUCAGACUUCGUGGUGGCCUGCUUCGAGGACGAGGAUCACCCUGGAGGUGGCUGCAGCACUUCAGAGGAUGGCAGCCUGCCUCCCAGCACCCCCACUCACAAGGAACCAGGAAAAGCCAGAGCCAACAGUCUUGUGUCUCUCGGAAGCCAGCGAGCCUCUGGGCUCUUCCACAAGCAAGUGACCAUUGCCAGACAAACCAGCCUCCCUGGAAGCCCACGCGUCCCCCGAAACCCCCUCCUCCGUCAGAGAAGGGUGGGUUGCUAUGAUGCUGAUGAUGCAAGCGAUGAGGAAGACUUUGAUGGAGAAGGGGACUGUGUUUCACUCCCAGGGACCCUCUCAGGUCCUAGCAGGCCUCAGACAGAGGAUGACCCUGGGCGUGUCAUUACAACCUUGCCCAAGGUCGUGGAUAUCAACAGUCAGGAGGAACAACCUCAGAAAAUACUGGUCAGCAAGGCCUCCUCAGCCCCUUUCCUUGGCAGCUUGUUGGACUUACAGGAGAGUGUUCCAGGGGAUGUGGUGGACUCUCCUUCCCAUGCAGCCCGCCUGCUGGACUCUACAGAGGGCCCCAAGGGUGGCCCUAGCUUCCCAGGGAAGAAGGAGCCGCCAGAAUGGAGGAGUUCACCCAAAUUGGAAUACAAAGCCAGUACAGGUGCCCAGACUCUAAAGAGCACAGAGUGCCCCAGUCCCCCCCAGCAGAAGAAUGAACACCUGGGGCCCAGGCACAAGCCAGUGGCCAGGAUCAGCCCGCACUGCAAAAGGCCCACAGCAGAGGCCAGGCCCAGUGGCUUAGAGACCACAGUCCUGACUGACAGAGUCGAUGAAUCGUGUGCUCCGGACUUCAAGGUCCAGGCUACUUCCUUAAAAGUGACCAUCACUGGUUUUCGUCCAGGUGGAACUGUGGAGAAGGAAUCUCUGGGAAAGCUGACCAUUGAUGGUUCCAUCCCUACCGAUGGUGAGCCAGCCAGGGCUCUGUCCCACCCAGAGGCCUGCCACCUCACAGAGAGCCUGCCCGAAGCUGUACCAUUGGGGGUGCAACAACCUGUGACUGGACUGGACAGCUCACCAGACCUCAUCACGUCCCCAGGGAAGAAGAGGGCUCAACCUGACCUCAGCAAGGCCUCAGCAGAUGCAGGCAAAGCCUGUCUGCCUGAGAGCCCCAGCAAGCCAGCGUCAGCCCAGGUCUCUGAGUCCGAGGGCAGGCCUCAAGUCAGGCUCACCCAAGACCUCAGCACAUCCCCAGGGAAGAAGGUGACGGUUCAUCCUGACUUUAGCCAGACUCAAGGAGUGUCAGAAGCCAGCAUGCCUGACAAUGCCAGGAAGGCAGCUGCCCUCAAGGGAGCGGACCCUGAGGCACAGGGAGCACCUCAAGCUAGUGCUAUCCUGUCACGAGACCUUGUCACAUCCCAGGAGAAGAGACAAGGAGUUCAAGUUAACCACAGCAAGGCUUUGGAGAUGACAGAAAUCCGCAUUCCUGAAAACUCCAGGGAGUCUGCUCUGCUCAAGGGAAGAGAUUCUGUGUCCGAGAGGGCGCUGCAGGCCAGAGCCUCCCUGGCAUCGUCCACUGACAAGCCCAAAGAAGUGUGUGGCAGUGGUUCAUGGCACUGCUGCCCGGGGGAGAAGACAGAGAGCCCUGUGACUGACAUCGACACAUUCAUUACGGAGCUGGAUGCUUGUGAAGUAACACUUCAGUCUUCUCAGAGAGGGGACCAUGUGAGACAAGAGGGCAGUUCUCAAGGUCAACCUCCAGCAAAAGCUGAAAGCGGAAGUUCCUGCCACGCCAAGCCUGUCUCGGGGAAAGGAACCCCCUCCCCGGGGAGGGCCCAGGCUGCUCGUCCACCCCCUCACCCCCAGUGGGCCUCCCAGCCUUCGGUUUUAGAUUCAAUUAAUCCUGACAAACAUUUUACUGUGAACAAAAACUUUCUGAGCAACUACUCUAGAAAUUUUAGCAGUUUUCACGAAGACAGUACCUCCCUGUCAGGCCUGGGCGAUAGUACCGAACCAUCUCUCUCUUCCAUGUAUGGCGAUGCUGAGGACUCAUCCUCAGACCCUGAGUCACUCAUGGAAGCCCCACGCGCUUCCGCCAGGGACAGCUGGUCACCACCUCAUUCUUGUAGGUCACCUCACAAGGAAGAUACUGCAGAGUCUGAGGAGGAGCAAAUCGAAAUUUGUUCCACAAAUGGUUGCUCCCACCCGCCCUUGGCGACUACUCAUCCGCCUGCCCAGGCUGCACCCUACCCUGCUUUAGCCAAAGUUCUGCCAUUAAAACAUAGUGCUCUGAGCGAAUCAGUGGGAAGUCCAUGUGAGAGAGCUUCCUUUGUGCCCGGAGUAUCAUGCUUUUCAGUACUAAAAUCUUCCCAGCCGUUUUCACUCUUGGAUAUAAGCUCCCAGGAGCACGAAACUCAUGGGGAUAUAAACACUUCUCAGGGUCACAGGCCCUGGAGUGCAGAAGAGACUGUGGAAGCUGCCAGCAUUGGCUCAGCCAUGGAAAGCAGUCAGCCUUCUAAAAUUGCCAGUCAUUUUCCGGACCCCCCGGUCACUCUCUGCUUUCCUAGCAUGGUGAAUGGUUUGGACUAUGACUUACUCGAUGAUGAGACCCCAAAUAAAGAACCAACAAAUGUUAAUGCAACUGAAGAUCCAUCCUCCUUCGGUGCAGAUGUCCCUAAGAAUGGGGACUCUGUCUUGCUAGACCUGCAUGUCUCUGAAAUCCAUGACCCGGGUGACCUGCUACAGAAACCAAAAGUGACCUCCAGGAGGCCCAUCAUGGCCUGGUUUAAAGAAAUAAAUAAAAAUAACCUAGGUGCCCAUUUGCAGAGCAAAACUGAAAAGGAGCCAUCCACAGUGCCAACCAGAAGUCCUGACUCCAAAAUUCAAACGAUGAGUUCGAGCCACAAGAAAGGAAUUUCUGUACCUAAUAGCCCUCCUCAGCUGAAAGUGAACCUUGAAAACAAAGACCUGCCAAAAAAAAGUUCGGUAGAAACACUUUUAAGUAACUGUCAGAAACCCAAAUCUGGUCCGAAGCUGAAGAGGCUCAGCAUCAAAAGUAAAAGCAGAGUCAGUGCCGAGGCUCCUGCUGCUAAUACAGUCAAGGCUGGUGGGGUGGAUCACCGGAAAUCCCUGACUUCACCCCAGAGCUCCCAGAAAAUGCUUUCUAAGGUAGCCACACAACGGUUCCACGCAGGUGUCCAUGAGGAACCUAACAAGAACGGUGCAGCCACUCCCAAGUCUCCCAAGUAUAUGCUGGAGAGCAAGCCACCCCUCGCUGCUCCUGGGUCACUGAACUCCUCGGUGUCAGACACAAGCAUCAAAACGUUCAUAUCGCCCCUCAGCUCCCCCAAGGAUCUUCUGCAGCCAGGUGUCUGUAGUAGGUUCCACACGGCCGUUCACUCAGAACCAGACAGAAGUUGCCCAGCCACCCCCAGGUCCCCCAGAUGUGGAGCAGAGAGUACAGUGCCUCCUGCUGGCUCUGGGCCAGCAAGUCCCAUAGCAUCAAAUGGGAGCAUCUCCACCUCAGGGAACAAGCAUGAGAUUCAACCUCCAGAACAGAAAGAGCCCCGCACAUCUGGCCAAACAGAUUCAGCAUCAGAAGCAGCCCAGCCUAGGAUGGCUGGAGAAAAAGAAAGCAGAAUAAUUGCUAGUGAUGCCCUAGAAAGAACAAAGCAGCUGAAAAUUGUUGAGAUUUCUUCUGAGAGAAUGCCUAAGGGUGCAUGUGGUGACAAGCCGGCUGAAAGCAACAGGCGGGGAGGGUUCUCAGCCCAGAGCCACUGUCAGGAGAUGGGGAAGGUCAGACUCUGUCCCCAGGCAGUGGAAUCACCCCCCAGUUACCCACCCUCACCCACGUCUCGGGCCUCUCAGGUCAAGCAGGAAAUGCAGCGCUCUUUCAGUGUGGCCAAGCUGUCUUCCUCCUCUUCCUCCCCCCAGCUGCUUGCUAAAAAGACAGAUUCCUCCCAGGGAAAAACAAGCCAAAUGGUGGAACCCCAAGGGAUGUCCAAGAAUGUCAUACCAAUGGAUGACCACCCCUACUUCACACCACGGCCAGCAACCAGGACCUACUCCAUGCCAGCCCAGUUCUCCAGCCACUUUGGACGGGAGGGUCCUUCCCUCCACAGUCCAGGCCGCUCUCAUCUGGACAGCCAGAACCCUGUGACAGGUGGUGGCUUCCUGGAGACAAAGCCAUCCAAAAGCAGUGUCCUCACUCUGGUUAAUGGGCAGAGUGUCUAUAGUGUGAAGCCCCUGCUGGAAACAUCUAGAAACCUUCCAACAACCGACGAAGGAGAUACCCUUCCCAUCCAGGAGACGAGCUGCCUUGUCACAGACAAGAUCAGAGUCACCAGGAGGCAUUACUACUAUGAGCAGAACUGGCCCCAUGAAUCUACCUCAUUUUUCUCUGUAAAGCAAAGGAUCAAGUCUUUCGAGAAUCUGGCCAAUUCUGACCGGCCUGCCGCCAAGUCUGGUGCUUUCCCUUCUUUGUCUGUAAGUUCUAAGCCCCCCAUUGGGAGACGGUCAUCUGGCAGCAUCCCUUUGGGGAGCCUCAGCCACACCGGGGAGGCCUCAAGGUCGCUGAGGCGGAGCCUAAGUUCCUGCAGCGAAAGCCAAAGUGAAGCCAGCACCCUCAUCCCCCCGAUGACCAAGUCCCCCUCCAGCACGAUGCUGACGGUCUCCCAGCAGAUCCCAGUGGAGACCAGUAGCAAGGGCCCUGAUUUGGACCAAAAGAAAUCACUGGGUCCUUGUGGAAUCACCACACCAACAGUGACCCCGGCCUCUCCCAUCAAGAGGAACAAGCCCUCGGUGCGCCAUGCCCAGCCCUCCUCGCCCUUGUCCCGCUCGAAGCUGCAGGAGCUGCGAGCCCUGAGCAUGCCCGACCUGGACAAGCUCUGCAGCGAGGACUAUUCGGCGGAGCCCACGGCCGUGCUCUUCAAAACAGAGCUGGAAAUCGUCCCCCAGAGGUCGCUCGGCGCCCCUGCUGGAGGCCUUCCUGGCCUCAACGGAUCAACUGGGAGCGGGGCCUGUCCAGGGGGAGGCAGCCCUAAAGCUAGUGAACCUAGGACACCGGGUUCAGCCAAGGAUGCAGGUGAAACAACCCAGGAUCUGCCCUCUGGGAAAAGCUGGUCAAUUAAUUUGGAUCAACUUCUCGUCUCAGUGGGGGACCAGCAAAGAUUACAGUCCAUUUUGUCAUCGGUGGGGUCAACAUCUACCGUCCUCACUCUCAUUCAGGAAGCGAAGGCACAAUCAGAGAAUAAAGAAGACAUUUGCUUCAUAGUCUUGAAUAAAAAAGAAGGCUCAGGUCUGGGAUUCAGUGUGGCAGGAGGGACUGAUGUGGAGCCAAAAUCAAUCGUGGUGCACAGGGUGUUAUCUCAGGGGGCGGCUUCUCAGGAAGGGACCAUGAACCGAGGGGAUUUCCUUCUGGCAGUCAAUGGCACCUCAUUAGCUGGCCUCGCCCACAGGGAUAUCGUGAAGGUUCUCCAUCAGGCACAGCAGCACAAAGAUGCCCUCGUGGUUAUCAAGAAGAGAAAUGAUCAACUCAGACCCUCUACCAGGCUGGAGCCUCCCACAGCUAAUGGGAAGGGUACACUGUACAGAAAGAACAUCACCCUGGAGCCUGGAAUUGGGAGAAACACAGCUGCCCACGAUGCCGUGUGUGUGGAAGUGCUGAAGACCUCUGCUGGGUUGGGAUUAAGUCUGGAUGGAGGAAAGUCUUCUGUAUCUGGAGAUGGGCCUCUGUUCAUUAAAAGAGUAUACAAAGGUGGUGCAGCUGAACAAGCUGGAAUAAUAGAAGCUGGAGAUGAAAUUCUUGCCAUUAAUGGAAAACCCCUGGUUGGGCUCAUGCAUUUUGAUGCCUGGAAUAUUAUGAAGUCUGUCCCAGAGGGACCUGUGCAAUUAGUAAUUAGAAAGCACAGAAAUGCUUCAUGAAACAGGCAUGUACCACUAGUGCUUGUUACAUUUUUUUAAAAUCUUUUCUCAGUUGCUUUCUUACUUUAGAAAAUCAAAGUGAUUUCUUUAAAUGAUGGGAUCCUGAAAUAACAAAGAGAAACAUUUGUGUUGGCAAGGACUAUAAAAAUCUCCAAGUUUUGACACAUACAUGAAGCCUGCCGCAUUGUGUGUGCUGCAGCAAUGAAGUUGUACUCUGGAAUCUUCCACCUGGAUCGCUAGGCCGGGAAGGUUCAUUUUAGUUUUUGUUUGAGUGCCUGUCACCAGCCUUUUAUGUUUGCUGAUGGGGGUGCAAGAUGUGACUUGCCCUUCUUCAUCUGAAACACUUAACGACACUUUUGUGCCCCUCUUGCCACCUCUCCCCACAUACCCAAUCCUGGUGAUUAAGAAGCUCCUGAAGUCUGAGGGCACCACAAAUGUCACAACUAAAAGGACUAUCGUUUCAUAUAUUUUGUAAGUAAAUAACAGUGCUUUUAGGCACAUUUAAUACAAGGAGAAGCUAUAGAUUUGUAUACAUUACCCUGAAAAGUAAAUGAGACUUUAAAAAGAAAAUGAAUUAUGACCUAAUAGUGGGGGACUUCAGGAUUCUCUGGAAAAAAAAAAAAAGCCAAAUAGAUAAAGUAAUAUUUUUUAGUGAGCAUAAUGUGCAAUGUAUGGGUGCAGAGUUUAGCUGUGUGGGGUCAUUGGUCCUCCUGACGGUUGACCAUUUUCUGUCUCUAGAAGUAGAAGCCGAGAGGCUGUCUUCCAGAGCAGCAGCUCCACUGCAGUGCACUAAGCAGCCAUGAAUGUCCCUGCUCAGAAAGAGCAGAGUCCCAGAUUUGAAAGCACCUUGCCUCUCGUUUGCCAGCUUGUCCUCAAUAAGUGCUGGUCAACACAGGAGUUGUCAAAAACAUUAGUCACUGGGUUUCCAUUUCUAUACGUUAUGCACCAAGCACUACUUAAAAUUUUAGAAGUCAAGUAUCCUUUUAGGGGACUUUUUUUGUUGGGUUGGGUUUUCCCCUCUUUCCUGACAUACUUAAGAAAUGUAAUGUUUCUGAGGAUUGGAUCUCUUUUCCUACCCUGGGCAUAAUGACACAGCUCUGCAGUGACUGAAGUUUUUGCUGUUUUCACUUGUUUACCUGUUUU